CUCCAAAAGUCAAAAGUCUCCGAUCGUUCUGCCUGUUGCAGAGGAGUACAGAGACUCCUCCUCAGAGAAGUUGCCCAUUCCUCGCCCAUAUAAAAACUCAGUCUGCAAGUUCAGUAGGGUUGGUUUGUUUCCACAGCUUUGAGCUGAUCGUCCAUUUACUUUCAGGUGAAAAAUGGAAUCUCGGAACCCACAGCCGAUGAAGUUCACAUGGAGAAUCCAGCGCUUCUCUCGGCUGACGGAAAGAAAGUACUACUCCGACGAGUUCAGGGCCGGCGGCUGUAAAUGGCGGCUGCUGGUUUUCCCCAAAGGGAAUAAUGCGGACAGUGUCUCGAUAUACUUGGAUGUUCCUGAUGCUUCGACUUUGCCGUCCGGGUGGCGCAGGGCGGCCCAAUUCAGCUUCAUCAUGGUGAAUCAGAAUCAACGGAGCUCUUCCUCGAGGAAGGAAACAAGCCACAUCUUCAACGCCGAUGAGGUUGACUGGGGCUUUGCGUCGUUCAAACCUCUCACUGACCUGAAGAACCAUAGGAAUGGUUUUUUGGUGAAUGACACCGUGAUUGUGGAAGUUGAGGUUGACGUGCGCUCUGUUCACCCACUGGUUGUCGUCCCUGAGGCUGAUCGUAUCCCUGCUGAUGUGGACCCACCAGUCGUUACAGAGAUGAACCGCUUCGAGUCUUUCUUCAGCAAGCUCGAGGAGUUCAUCAUUACAACUGAGAACUCAGCUGCCAGAGAAGGGUCGGGCUCGAAUAGUACCAAGAAUGAUCAGAUGGUUGAUUUGAUAUCUGGGUCGCCGAGCUUGGAGGAAGUGGAGAACGCUAAGCAGUCCCUGAAGGAGUGCCUCUCGGACCUCUUCAAGCUGAACAUGAAGGAUAGGCUCUCAGCAGCUUUGUUGACAUUAUCUCGUGCUGAAGUCGGGCUCUCGUCUGAUCAGCAGAAAUCGAUCAAAGCCUUCUGGGACAGCUUUGAUGAUUUCAUCUCUGACUUCUUGACCUUUGAGCAGGACAAUGCCGAAUUCGAGCUACAGAAGUUGGCAAGAGACCAGGUGUUCUCCUCCAUGAAAAAGAAACACGAGAUCCACCUUUCAAACAGGCAGCUGCUAGAGAGCCUCAGCGCAGAAGAGGAGGAGCUCAAGAAGAGAAUGGAAGAAGUGAAGUUGAGGAAGGAGAACCUCGUUUCUGAUUGGGAGAUUUUGAUGACCGAGUCUGAGGAAGCGAAAUCCAAUUAUGUGGCUCAGGAGAAGAAGUUAGAGGUGGUAGAGGAGAAGAAGAGGAUCGCCGAGGAAAGGAUGUCUCGAUCCACCACGGCUUGGUCUUCACUGAAGGCACAGUUUAUCUGAGACUUGGAACUUCUCACCUAAUGACAAAGAUCAAUGCCGUAGACCACUUUGCAUUUCCGAAUCUGCGAAUGAAGUGUUAGUACGGCGUUUAGUAUCCAUGUGUGGUAGGUUUGCUUUGUGAAUGGACCUUACCUGGGACAUAGUUUUUGGGCAUUCUGCUAUUUGUCUGAUUCGAUCUUCAUUAAAUUUUCGCGAUGUCCCAUGAAGGGCAUUGUUCCUUUCA